UCUAUGCCCGUGCUUGGGAAACAUAGAUAGCAGACCAUUUGAGAGUAAUAAAAACGUUGAAGCACUCUCUCUUUUUCUCUUCUCUUUUUCCUCAUUAUAAUCUCUCACUCCCCUCUCUCCCCCACUCCACGUUCCUUAUAAAUACACCCCAGCAUCAUGUCUGUUGCACCCCUCCAGACCGAGACCGCCCUGGCACCCACCGGUGUUGCCCUCUAUGCUCGCUUUGCCCUCGCCGGAGCUAUCUGCUGUGGUGUCACCCAUGGAUCACUUACACCAGUCGAUGUGGUCAAGACCCGCAUCCAGCUCGAUUCCAAGGUUUACAACAAGGGUAUGGCAGGUACCUUCCGCCAGGUGAUCGCGAACGAGGGCGCUGGCGCCCUCUGGACAGGAUUCGGUCCCACAUUCAUCGGAUACUCUCUCCAGGGUGGGUUCAAAUUCGGAGGAUACGAGCUCUGGAAAAAGAUCAUCAUUGACCAAAUCGGAACGGAGAACGCCACGAACAACCGCACCGCAGUCUAUCUCGCAGCCUCCGGUGUGGCCGAGUUCAUUGCCGAUAUCGCGCUCUGCCCCCUUGAGGCCACCCGUAUCCGUCUGGUCUCUCAGCCCACGUUCGCAUCGGGCCUUGUCUCGGGCUUCCGCCGUAUCCGAACAGAGGAGGGUAUCUACCGUGGGUUCUAUUCUGGAUUCGUUCCCAUCGUCUUCAAGCAGGUGCCCUACACGAUGGCCAAGUUUGUGGUCUUUGAGCAUGCUUCGGAGCGGAUCAUCAAGCGCCUGGGCGGCCCAGAGAAGCUGUCGUCCACGGCCAUGACGGGUGUCAACUUGGGAGCAGGAUUGAUUGCCGGCAUUGCUGCUGCGAUUGUAUCCCAGCCUGCGGACACACUGCUCUCCAAGAUCAACAAGGCCAAGGGUACAGGAUCGGCUGCCUCGCGUUUGGCUGUAUUAGCGACUGAGCUGGGAUUCCGCGGUCUCUUCCUGGGACUCGGUCCCCGUAUUGUCCUGGUCGGUGUCCUCACCUCAUUACAAUUCGGUAUCUAUGGCGAUCUGAAGAAGGUGUUUGGAGCCACUAAUGGUGUCGAGAUCAGAAAGAUCUAAG